CCUUUCAUCUCUUCGUUGGUCGACAUAGCGUCUGCUCACAACAGUACAUGGUAGUAAUAGUAGCAGUGCUAUGUACCACAGUUUCCCGACCCGACCACACAAGGACAAUAGACAAGCCAUGUAUGUCGGUAUUGCGAUACCGCGGUGCGGACUUUCACCUUACCCUUCAUCAUCCUCAGGGGUUUUGAGACGCGGUGACUUCAAUAGACACAUGACACCUUGCUUCCAGGAUCGAGCGUUUGGAUGAUUGCAUCCUCCACGAGCCUUCACGCCGCAUAUAAAGGUCCAAUUGCGAAAGCGUCGAUGCUGUUGCGUGCGAUGCCUCGUUCACCUCAGCUUGGUCUAUUUAUUUUGCAAGUGACUAUACGGCCACCCUGGCGCCACUUAUCCCCAAAAUGAAGUCUCGAGUCCCUGCUCUCGCUCUGGCGGCAGUGGGCAACGCGCUCAUCGCCUGGGCUGCUCCCGCUCAGAAAUCACUCGUCACCUCUUCUUUGCAAGCUGCAACUGCGGCAACACCAGACUACAUUAUUAUCGGGGGUGGGCUUGCGGGUCUGACGGUAGCCAACCGUCUGAGUGAGGACCCGAGCAUCAAUGUGCUCGUCAUCGAAGCUGGUGGUGACAACCGCACUUCAGUCAUGAUCAACACGGUCAGUACCUAUUCUGAGGCUUUCGGUACUAGCCUAGACUGGGACUGGCAGACAACGCAGCAAGUAGGAGGGUCUACCAAAAACAUCAAAGGUGGAAAGACCCUCGGCGGCUCCAGCUCGAUCAAUGGCGCCGCCUGGACUCGUGGCGCAACGGAGCAAUACGAUGCUUUGGAACAGCUCGGCAACGAAGGCUCGCUCCAGCCGUACUUUGUCAAGUCCGAGCACUUCUAUUCGCCCAACGAAGCUCAAAAAGCCCUAGGAGCAGGAAUGGCAAACAACGUGCACGGUACAUCAGGCCCGAUUUCUGCCUCAUAUACUCCAGCAAAUAGCGGCAAUCAGCGCAGGAUGUACACUGACGCCUACGGUGACAAGUUUUUGCAAGCUGCGAGCAAUGCUCUCGGCCUAAGGCAUAUCACUGACAUCUGCAACGGAGAUAUUCACGGCACGGGGGCCACGACGCCAAAUUCGAUCACCCCAUCCUCUCAAGUGCAGCAGCUCCGCUCGAGCGCAGCCACCGGGUACAUCUCGCCUAUCGAAUACAGCCGCAGCAACAUCAAGGUGCUUGUUGGCUGGCGUGGAGUGAAGGCGCUGUUCCAGGAUGCUCAGAACCCUACACGCGUCACCGGUGCCGUGCUGCAACAGAGCAAAAAUGGAGCCCAGCAAAAUGUAACCGCCAAAAAAGCGGUCAUCGUUGCCGCUGGCGCCAUCCGCUCGCCUCAGUUCCUGGAGCUUAGCGGCAUCGGAGACUCAAAUAUCAUCGAGCCACUUGGCAUCAAGACCGUCGUCGAUCUCAAGGGUGUCGGACGCAAUCUUCAGGAUCAGACAAUGAACACCAUUGGCGCCGCGAUUAAGUCCGACUUUCAGGGUUCUGGGCCUUCAUCCACGAUUGCGUACCCCACCAUCUGGCAACUCUUCUCGAACGCAAGCGCGGUCAAGACUCACUUGGAGAAAAAUUACGACACGUACGCCGCUCAGAUUGUCGCCGCAGGCGGUGCCGUCAGCGCAGACGCGGUCAAGGCGCAGUGGAAGAUCCAAACCGACCUGCUGUGGAAUAAGAACACUUCUGCUUCCGAGCUCUUCGCCGACCACGGCUUUCCAUCAGGCCAAUUCGGGCAAGACACAUGGCCCCUCCUGGUGUACUCGCGCGGCAGCGUUCACAUCAGUGAGAACAAUGCUUUCCAUCAUGCUUCCGUCGACCCGGGGUAUUACAGGCUCCCCAUCGACAUGGACGUGAACGUUGCGACCCUACGCACUGCAAGGAGGCUGUACCAAACCUCACCCCUCCAGGAAACCCUCAACAGCGAGCAAGUACCCGGCUUUGGCAAGGUUCCGAACAGUGGCCAGUAUGGCUCCUAUGCCGACUGGCAAAAGUGGAUCUUGAAAGGCUAUGUGCCCGUUUCGCACCAGCUCGGUACCUGCCAGAUGGCACCGCAGAGCCUCGGCGGCGUCGUCGACAGCUCAGGGCGCGUCUACGGUGUCGACGCCGGGUCUCUCCGCGUCGUCGAUGCCAGCAUCCUUCCGAUGCAAUUUUCAGCCCAUCUGUCUUCUUCUCUCUACGCCAUCGCCGAGAAGUUCGCAGAUUCCAUAAAGAACAGUAGCUAGAGUCGGUAUUUGCAGCACAUUUCCCACUAGUUUCGAAUCCUACACUCUUGAAUAUGUAGCCAUACACCCAAUGUAGCGAUAUUAGCAUUGC